GGGCUGGACCACGCCCUGGCACCAAGCACUGGGCCCCAAGGUUCAGGGUCUCAGUCCACUGCAGAGCCGACCACUGGCGCGAUGGUGGCAGUCUGGCUGGUGCACGUCGGGCAGAAGCUGCUGCUCUGGGGCGCGCUCAGCGCCGUCUCCCUGGCGGGCGCCACCCUCACCCUGAGCUUCCUGCAGAUGAUGGCGAGCUAUGCGCAUAACUGGCUGCAAAUGAGGCCCAUCCCCAGCAUUUCGGGUGCCUACCCCUUCCUGGGACACUCGCUGAUCCUGAAACAAGGAGGGGAAGAAUUUUUCCAGCAGGUGAUUUACUACACCGAAAACAACAGACAUGUGCCAAUGCUAAAAAUCUGGCUUGGCACAGUACCAGUAAUAGCCAUGUAUAAGGCCGAAUGUAUAGAGGUAAUUUUAACUAGCUCAAAGCAAAUUGACAAGUCUUAUCUGUACACAUUCCUACAACCAUGGCUUGGCCUAGGACUUCUUACCAGUACUGGAAACAAAUGGCGCUCCAGGAGAAAAAUGUUAACACCCACUUUCCAUUUUACCAUUCUGGAAGACUUCUUAGGUGUCAUGAAUGAACAAGCCAACAUAUUGGUUAAUAAGCUUGAAAAACAUGUUGAUGGAGAAAAAUUUAACUGCUUUUUUUACAUCACUCUUUGUGCCUUAGAUAUAAUCUGUGAAACGGCUAUGGGCAGGAAUAUUGAUGCUCAGACUAAUGAUGAUUCUGAGUAUGUCCGUGCAGUUUAUAGGAUGAGUGACUUGAUACAUCGAAGAAUCAAGAAGAUUUGGUUUUGGCAUGACGUUUUGUACCUUUUGUUUAAAGAAGGAUGGGACCACAGAAGGAACCUAAAGAUCUUACAUAAUUUUACCACCAAUGUCAUCAAUGAACGGGCCAAUGAAAUAAAGAGAGAUGAAGAAUGUAAAAGUGAUGACAAAGGCACGACCCUCUCCAAUAGAAAACGCAAGGCUUUUCUCGACCUGCUUGUAAAUGUGAUGGAUGAUGAAGGGAACAAGCUCAGCCUUGAGGCAAUUCGAGAAGAAGUGGACACUUUUAUGUUUGAGGGCCAUGACACAACUGCAGCUGGAAUAAACUGGGCCUUGUACCUAUUGAGUUGCCAUCCAGAAGUCCAGAAAAAAUUAGACAAUGAACUGGAUGAAGUGUUUGGUAUGUAUGGCCCUUUCACUACUUACAUUGAAGAUCCCAAGGCACUGAAGCAAAUGCCAUUCUUGCUCAUUAAGAAUGUGCAGUCAGGCCUGUUCGAAAGACACUGUAAUAAGCAGGAAUGCUGCCAUAUGGGACCCCUUCCAGGCCUAAUGUCCUUUGCAAGACCUCAUCCAUUUGUUUAUGGGCGUUUGCUGAUUGCUUGGCAUGUGACUGCACCGGGGGAGAUCCUGGGGAUACAUAGAUAAAUAUCACUGUCCUCAAAAACCUUGCUGCUGCAAGUGAAGCAGACACUGUGUAGAAAGUAUCAAGUCAUGGCCGUGUGCUUGAGCGAUAUGAGGAAGGAAGGGGCUAGCAGAGAGCAGAGAGGAGAGGUGAAGCUGGUUAGUGGGUCAAGG